AUGAUUGGGAACUUCUUUUCUGGAGUUACUGGACAGGCUCCAUCUUCGUUGAAUCCUCCGAUGAAUAUACUAGAAAACACAAACAUCGAUCCUCAGAAGUCUAGUGUAGAUCUCCGGUGUAUCUACAAAGCAUCCAGAGAUGGGUGGUCAGCACUCGACUUUCACAAUACUUGCGAUGGUCGUGGAUCUGGACUCGUGGUUGUUUUGACAAACAGCGGCAAGAAGUUUGGUGGCUACAACCCAGUAGGGUGGCAAAGUACUGACGAUUACUGCGCAUCGAAUGCAGCAUUUCUUUGGUUCGAGCAAGGCGGGAAAGGGGUCAAGUGUCCCGUGCUGCCAGGAGGAAAUGCCGCUGUGUUCGACUUUGCCACUGGGGGUCCACAGUUUGGCUCCUCGGAUUUGAUAGUAGGGCCUCCGAAAGCUGCCGUAAUGGGAGGAUUCGCUGGGCCUGAUAUGGAGGAUACAAGCAUCAAUGCUGGAAGUUUGAAGACUGGGAGUUCAGCUUUUUGUAGCGCAUACGAAGACGUCAAUGGAUGGCCUCGGGGUUCUCAUCGCUUUGUGGAAGUCGAAAUCUAUUGCAACGGGAACAUUUCUCCCUCCGCUAGUGGUGGUGGUUUCAGCCUUUGGCCCUUCUAA